AUAAAACUUGAUGCUAUACGCUAUAGAAUGUUAAUACUAGAAAUCCUUUUUUUGUUACAGAUUCAGCAUGGCACGUCUGAAUUUUCUUGUGGUGGUACUAUGCCUGAUUGCAACUGUACCAAUUUUGGGGACUAGGGGAGAAGAGGAUAACCCAUUAUUAAAUUUAGCAUCUUCCUUCCUCCAAAAUAUGGGAAAUGGUGACAACGGUGGUAAUGGGUUGGGAGCUCUAGGAAGUAUCAUGGGAGCUUUGAUGCAAGGUGAUAAUGCUAAAAACCUGGGUGCUAUGUUUGGACAGAAUGGGGAUUCGGGAAAUAACGCCGGCGAUGUGUUAUCAGGAAUCGGUAGUUUACUAGGCGGGCAAGACGGCAAAAUAGAUCCUGCUUUGAUUGGUUCCGUGUUAUCGAUGUUUAGUCAACAAACUGCUAAUAAUGAUCAGCCUAAAAGAGAAAAGAGGCAAAUUAAGGAAGAAGUUAAACAGCAAAAUAAAGAGGAAGUUAAGCAGCAAAAUAAGGAGGAAAACGAUAUCAAUUUAGGAAGUAUUCUAAAUCUUGCAUCCGGACUGUUGGGAAACCAAAACGUGGCCAGUUUACUGCCAAUCAUAAUGAACACUAUGAAUUCUUUCUCUGAACCAGAGACUAAUAAACGCGCAAUAGAGCAUAGAGAUCAUUCUUCGUUCCUACCACCCUAUUUAGAGAAGGCCCAUUUGUAUUGGGAUCUAUUCAUCAAUUCUGAACUUGGGAAGACUAUCUGGGAAAAAUCUGGACUGAGAAAAGCGACGAAAGCUUUUACCGGCCCUGAUGGUAGAUUGAGCUUCGAAAUGAUGUUCAAGAGUUUCGAGAAUCAUUCGUUCAGAAGGCAUUGGAUCAAGACGGCAACAAAAUACCUGACGGACACAUUUAUCCAGAUGUCGAAACCGGAAGUUUAUCAAAAAUAUCUUGGUACAACACAAUAUAUUCUCAACGGAUUCCUGAGUGCACAAGGGCUCCCGAAUAGCAUACACUUCGAUAUGAAACAACCAGAGAUGUCCAUUACAAGGCUCAUCAACUAUGCAUUGAAAAAGUAUAUGGAUAUCGAUACUGACGUAUCAGCUUACGUGAAACCUGGUGUUGAUUAUUUAAGGCAAAUGCUAAAAAUGGCGAAAACUGCAUCACAUAACCUUGCGACUCGCGAUGAUUACAACGCACUUACUGAUCGCCUCACAGACACCCUGAAUCUCCAAGUCAUUGAACCUGUACUUAGAGUAUACAGGGCCUAUAAACAUUCUAUUCAAGCACCUCACUGCCAAGAACACCUCAUGUGCUUGGUGAACAAACAUAAUGAAAAAGACAAAAGAGACUUCCCCGGCCUUAAAGAAGGUCUGACGAAAAUCAGCAGUAUCAUCGCAUCAGCUGCGCUGAGCUAUCAAGACGGUAAAGGAUUCUGGGAUCUCUACCACGCUGUAGAAAGCAAAGCCGAUUGCGAGGAUGCUUAUCCAGCUGACUGUGCAGCAUUCCACGAACAUGAACAAAAGGUGACCACAGAGGUUUAUCACACGGAAUUAUAAUAUAUUUUUAAUAAGACUUAUAUUUGGUAACCAUUGAUUAUUUAAAGCAUAAAUAAUAUAUAAGAUAAACAAAUACAAUUUUGGAUUACGUUUAAUAUACAAAUAUUUUUUUAUGAAACAGAAAUAUAUUGUUUUACGUCCCGAAUCCAGGGUGUCUAUGUUGUAGGAUAGCAUUAAAUAUGGAUAACUUAUACAGUACUUAAAUAAUAAAGUAUGAAUUAUUUAUUAUAAGAUACAUAUUAUAGUAUGUAAACUAAAUCUCGAUGACUGUCCUAAUUAUUUGUACUUAAUGUAUUUUAUUUCGUGAUACAAGUAAACAUUAAGUGAAUAAAUAAUGUAUUAGCAUUAAUGAGGUUAUAUAGUUAAUAUUAUUGCAAUAUUAUUUACGUUAGUAUUUAAAUAAAUAUAUGCAACUAGCAAAGUAACAUUUAUGUUAUAUGAAAUAGGUGAUUAGAUUUGCUGGACAUUGGUGCUAAAUAAUAUUUUUAUUUAUUUUCAAACUUAUAAGCAUCACUUAUAAGCAUAAUCUGACAUAUAAUAAUAACAAAUAAUAUCUAUCUGACAUCUUGUGAACUAUCUCUAUAAAUAAAAAAUCUUUCUCGAUUCAUUUGUAAUUUUAGAGUAAUAACAACAAAUUAUAUCUUUGUAAUUACUAAAACUAAACUAUUUAAACUUAAAUUGUUUAAAUUAACAAAAUUACAAUAGCUGACGCAAUUAAUAUAAAAUGAGUACGAUGACUCGUACAUAGCUACUUAAUUUACAAUUAAGUUGACACACCACAAUCUUUUCUACCUUUUUCUUCAUAAUUCUAUACUUGGUUGUGAAUAUAUGUAAAUAUCUAUACAGCGUUUCUGUAUCUAUUCUAAUAUUAAGUAUUUAAGAAGUUGUACUUUAAAUAAGUAAUGAAAUAAAAGACUUCGAAUUAAUAUAUUAUUUAUUUUUGUUCAAUCGUAUUGGAAGAAACGAACAUGCCUUCUUAACAAACAUUUAGAACAUUGACUAGAACAGAAAUGACUAAAUUAAUUUGUGUUAUGAUUUAUUGUUUGAAAACAGUUUUAUAUAUUUAUAUUUAUUGAAAUGCAAUUACUUUUUAAAAUUUCAUAAAUAAUUAUCAUUUAAUUAAACUAACAUCUGUGAAGCAAACUAAAAAUAUUUGCGCAAGCGCCAUUACUUUGAUCUAAAUAUUAUCUUUUAACAAUUUAAGUCUAAAUUAUCAUUAUGUAAUAGUGUCCUCCAGCGACUUCGUCCACGUUUUCCACUAUUUCUUCG